GCUAGUCUAGGUAGCUGAUAACUUUGUUUGCUGCUUUUUUGUUUCCUUUAAUAAUAGAAUAAUAGUAAUAUAAUAUGUAGUUGCUUAGUGUUAUUAUUGUUUUGUUUGUUUUUGUUGUAUCUUGGGAUUUUCAAGUGUCUUAAAAAACCCCUUAUUCCCAAACACUACAUACCUCCCACAAACAUCAUCAUUAUUUUUAUUAUUGAAGUGUUAUAAUGGAGUCUGCACACCUCCAUAACCACCACCUCCACCACCAACAUCAUCAGCAGUCGUUCCAAGACUCGCCGCCGCCGCCUCCAUCCUCUUCUUCCCCUUCCUCUAGCUAUGGAGUUUCUACAAGCUCUACUGCUCAAUAUUCAUGGACCCCAAACACUACCUUAUUAAGCGGUGGCGCCGGCGGUGGCGGGUUGAGUUCAUUGUAUGCAAACGGGGUGGCUGCCGCCGGUAGUAUUCUCAGUUCAAGAAAUCAUCAUCAUCAGGUUAGUGUUUGUAACGCACCCAUGGCUCAAGAUUUGAGCUUUCAUCACUGGGCUAAUGCGGCGGCGGCGGGUUUCGGCGGCGGUGGUGGUGGCUCCGGCCAGACAAUUAAGCAAGAACUCUCGUCGCCGGAUUGUUACCCGAGGUUGGCGGAUAAUAUGAAUACCCUCGACGCCAAACUCUUGCUCGGAACCCUCUCCGGCGGCGGACACCAACCUGCGGCGGCGGCUCAUCAGUUCUACUGCUCCUCCACCGCUUCUUCUAAUACUAAUACUAAUACUAACAGAGGCAGGUUUAGCCAGAUAUACCCAACCAUAAGCGUUCCCAGCUUGAACCAAGAAGCUUCUUCUUCUUUAGCCAAUUCGAGCUCUCUGGGAAUGAACUUACAGGCUUUGGAUCUAUUCAACUCUGCAACAAUUAAUGGCGGCUUUGUUCACACUUCACCUGAUGACCAUCAACACCUUGGCUUUCAUAACUUUGCUUCUUUUGAUCAUCAUCAUUUGCAGCAAUCAUCUCAAAGACCAUUUCCCAGUAAUGUAUCAUCACCCAGCUUGUUCAGCCAUGCCACUGUAGCCAUAUCUGCAGAUCCCAAAAGGCCCUGCAAUCUUGUGGAGCCAAACCCCCCUCAAGCACCACCCAAGAAAUCACGACUGGAUUCGCGUGCUUCCUGCCCACCCUUUAAGGUGAGAAAAGAGAAGUUAGGUGACAGAAUUGCAGCUCUUCAACAGCUGGUAGCACCUUUUGGCAAGACAGACACAGCAUCCGUACUAAUGGAGGCUAUUGGGUACAUCAAAUUCCUCCAAAACCAAGUUGAGACCCUAAGCGUCCCAUAUAUGAAAUUGUCGCGCAAUAAGAACAGCGGGAGAGCCAUGCAAGGGGUAAAUGUAUGUGAUAUAAUAUAUUUGCAGGGACAAGAAGAGAUAAUUAAUAUAGGAAGUGAAGAAGCGAGGAGGGGUCUUAGAAGCCGAGGGCUUUGUCUGGUUCCAUUGUCAUGCCUGUCUUACGUCACCGACAGCGGCGGCGGUGUCUGGCCGCCGCCGCCGAGCUUAGAACACUUUAGUCCGAUCCAAUGAAUUGAAGGUGCAUGCGGGCGGGUAGAUCGAGUCCCAAAUAUCAUAUGAUCUCAGACGUCGUCGUAUUGAUUGAUUAAUUUAGAAGCAAAGGUAUUAGCGGUUUUAAGGAAUAUUAGAUUUUGUACUUUUUAAUUUUGCCAUUUUCUGAUCUUAAUGGAGCAAGCUUGGUCAUUCUGUAAAAAGAGCAAGCUAGCUAAGCUAAUGCAUAAUUAAUAUAAUUAAUUAUGGUAGGAUGGACCAAGCUUGAUCCAUUAAUACUAUUGGCUUGAUUUAUUUUAUUGUACGUUUAAUUUCCCAAAAACUAAUGUAAACUUCCGGCAGGUUGUAUUGUUUCCUCUUUCAUUCCCAUGAUUAAUUAAUAUUGUAAACUCCGACGUUAAUCUUCUAGAGUUACAUUGUACCCAAUUCAAUGCA